UUCCAAUAGCCUCAGUGCAAAGGUAGCACCACCCUCUCUACAAAAUCACCCUUCAUCAGCAGAGACGCUUCCCGCUGGCGACGGUGCAGGGGCUGAGGACAGGCGGACGGACAACAGGUAAAGGAGAGGAAGACACCAUGUCAGCUGCUUCAGAUCAGAAUGUCGAGUUUGUGCGAACAGGCUACGGCAAGAACGCCGUGAAGGUGCUGGUCAUCAGGAGACAGGGGAGCCACCACUCCAUCAUCGAGCUGAAAGCUGACGUGGAGCUCACACUCAAAUCACGCAAGGAUUAUAUGAGAGGAGACAACUCAGACAUCAUCCCCACUGACACCAUCAAGAACACUGUCCAUGCCCUGGCCAAGAUCAAGGGGGUAAAGACCAUUGAGCAGUUUUCUCUGGAUAUCUGUCAUCAUUUCCUGACUUCUUUCAACCAUGUGCUGAGGGUCAAAGUUCAAAUGGAGGAGGCUCCGUGGAGAAGACUGGAGAAGAAUGGGAUGGAGCACGCUCACGCAUUUAUCUACAGCCCAGAAGCUUGUCGCUUCUGUGACGUUGAACAGAAUCUCAACGGCAUCCCAGUGGUUCACAGUGGGGUGAAGAACAUGAAGGUGCUGAAAACCACACAAUCCGGCUUUGAGGGUUUCCUGCGAGACCGCUUCACAACUCUGCAAGAGAGCAAGGACAGGUGUUUCUGCACCUCUGUCUACUCUAGAUGGCGCUACAACAAGAUUCUGGAUACCGACUUUGAUGCUGCGUGGAAGUGUGUGAAGGAGACGAUUAUUGAGAAGUUUGCUGGCCCUUAUGAUCGUGGAGAGUACUCACCUUCUGUGCAGAAGACCCUUUAUGAAACACAAGUUCUGGUCCUGGCCAGAAUUCCUGAAGUGGAUGAAAUAGAGAUGGUCAUGCCCAAUCAACAUUACUUCACCAUAGACAUGACAAAAAUGGGCCUCAUUAACAAAGAUGAAGUUCUUCUUCCCCUGGACAACCCCUCAGGCAACAUCACAGGGACAGUAUGCAGGAAACAGCAAGCCAAGCUGUAGAUGAAAUACUGCUGCUGGGAUAUAUAUCAAAUCGAGAACAAAGUUUUGACCAUGGAAUGUGUAUGUGUAAUGCAAUUUAAAUAAUGAACAAGAGAAAACAACCAUAAAUAAAUUCAUAAACUAAAAUUA